CAGCACAGGACACAGGAGUAUUAUCCAAGACCCAAAUUGCCGUUGAACAGACAUUCAUUCCUCCGGAGCCAACCGGAGUAGACUUCAAAUCCCAUCCUCUCAUUCCUGUUUAGCAUGGCACACUAUCUUGCUUUACACCGCCGCCUCCACACGCGUAAACCUACCUUCAUCUCCCAAUUCAAUUCCAUUCCACCCCCACUUCCACUACAACUCUCUUUUCGAUUCCAUUCCUUUUCUCGUAAACCACCACCACAGUCACCAGUACCACUAUCACUAUCUACACCCAACAACACUCACUUUCACAUUCACCCCAGAUCAUCACGCUUCCCAUGUCAAAUCAAACCUUCUGACUCAGAUAUGAUAUCACAGCUGGAAUUGGGGAAGCCUAAACAAAGGAGGCCAGUCAAGCAAGUUAAUGGAAUAUUCUGGAUUCUACUUCUUAACAUUGGAUUAUUUGUGGCAGAUCACUUGUUACAGGUCCAAGGUGUUAAAGCCUUAUAUUUAUACCACAAUUGGCCUACUUGGUACCAGUUUGUAACUGCAACAUUUUGUCAUGCUAAUUGGAACCAUCUUUCUAGCAACCUAUUCUUUUUGUAUAUAUUCGGAAAGCUUGUUGAAGAGGAGGAAGGAAAUUUUGCUUUGUGGCUGUCUUAUAUCCUUACAGGAGCUGGUGCAAACCUCGUCUCCUGGUUGAUUCUUCCAAGAAAUGCAGUUUCUGUCGGAGCUUCCGGGGCUGUAUUUGGCCUAUUUGCUAUUAGUGUCCUUGUGAAGAUGUCUUGGGACUGGAGGAAAAUACUUGAAGUUCUUAUACUGGGUCAGUUUGUAAUAGAGAGGGUGAUGGAAGCGGCCCAAGCUUCAACAAGCAUGUCAGGUAGUUUCCGUGGCAGCUCAGCUUUCCAGAAUGUCAAUCACAUAGCACAUCUCUCUGGUGCUCUUAUCGGUGUGGCAUUGGUAUGGCUUAUAAGCAGAUUUCCUGCGGAUCCACCUGAUCCAACCUCGAAGACAAAACACCUGCAGUGAUGAAGUGCAUAAUUAAUUAUUACAUGAAUAUUAAAUGAAAACAUUGAUUACAGGAGUGAAAGUAGUGUUAUUACACUAUCAAGCAUUCAUUUGCCUUUCACACAAAAGAAGCGGGUUAUUUGUGUGUUUUAAAAAUUACAGAUAAAUAUUGGAAUGUAAUUACUUUUAGAUUGUGA